AUCUGAAAAAGGCGCAAAAUGGUGGUCUCAUUUCCGGCUCUCCUGCGACCCUUCCGACUCUGUCGAUGGGACCCGACACCCUGGGCGCGGUUGGCAGGGCCUACAAAGCUCAGGACCGGUGACCCAAACUCUUGGGCCCCUGCCAGGAUGGCGGUGACAGUGACGCUGGAGCCCGCGGGCCGCUGCCGCUGGGACGAGCCGGUGAGCAUCGCCGUGCGCGGCCUGGCCCCGGGACAGCCGGUCACGCUGCGCGCGUCCCUGCGCGACGAGAAGGACGAGCUCUUCCGAGCCCACGCGCGCUACUGCGCCGACGCCCACGGCCAGCUGGACCUCGAGCGCGCGCCCGCGCUGGGCGGCAGCUUCACGGGCCUCGAGCCCAUGGGGCUCCUCUGGGCUCUGGAGCCCGAGAAGCCCUUGCUGCGGCUGGUGAAGCGGGACGUGCAGACGCCCUUCGCCGUGGAGCUGGAGGUGCUCCAUGGCCACGACCCGGAGGCCGGAGGGCUCCUGGGCCGCGCGGUGCACGAGCGCGACUUCCUGGCGCCGGGGGUGCGGCGCGAGCCCGUGCGCUCGGGCCGGGUGCGCGCCACGCUCUUCUUGCCGCCGGGACCUGCACCCUUUCCUGGGAUUGUGGACAUUUCUGGAACUGGACGUGGCCUUCCGGAAUAUCGAGCUAGUCUGCUGGCUGGGAAGGGUUUUGCUGUGAUGGCUCUGGCUUAUUAUAACUAUGAAGACCUCCCCAAGAGCAUAGAGAACCUCCACCUGGAGUACUUUGAAGAAGCUAUGAACUACCUGCUUAAUCACCCUAAGGUAAAGGGCCCAGGGGUAGGGCUGCUUGGGAUUUCCAAAGGAGGCGAACUCUGCCUCUCCAUGGCCUCGUUCCUGAAGGGCAUCACCGCGGCUGUCAUAAUCAAUGGCUCUGUGGCCAGUGUCGGCGGAACCUUACACUACAAGGGAGAGACACUGCCGCCUGUGGGUGUCAGCCGAAGUCGAUUCAAGGUGACCACAGAUGGCCUAACAGACAUUUUGGAUGUCCUGAACAGCCCUCUGGAAGGACCUGAUCAGAAGAGCUUCAUUCCUGUGGAAAGGGCUGAGUGUGCCUUCCUGUUCCUUGUGGGUCAGGAUGACCACAACUGGAAGAGUGAAUUCUAUGCUAAUGAGGCCUCUAAACGCUUGCAGGCCCAUAGUAAGGCGAAGCCCCAGAUCAUCUGUUACCCAGGGGCGGGACACUACAUUGAGCCUCCUUACUUCCCCAUGUGCCGGGCUUCCCUGCACACCUUGGUGGGCAGUCCUGUCAUCUGGGGAGGGGAGCCCAGGGCUCAUGCCAGGGCCCAGGUGGAUGCUUGGCAGCAGCUCCAGACUUUCUUCCACAAACACCUGGGUGGGGAAAAGGGGCCAAUCCCAGGAAUGCUGUAAUCGUUUAUCCCGGGGACAGCUGCCACAAUUAGUGUAUAUGUGUAGGUUUUUUCUUUUUAAUAAUUACUUCAGUGUUAAAGUGAAUGUACCAAGAAAUUUUCAAGAUAUUUCUAAAUUACAUACUUUUUCAGUUGUUUGGGAGGAGAGUGAUUCUACAGAAACCACAACAGGUGGAGAAAGCAUGCCCUUUAGUGUCUAACAACACGUAACUGACAAGACUUUAGCUCUGAAAGGAAAAGAGUAAUACCUGGUACACAAUUGGUGCUUAGUUAUUAUUUGAAUAAUUUACUAUGGAUUUUGUUUAAUAAUUAAUUUAUAAAUAAAUGAUUACCUACUGUGGAAGAAAAGCAUACAAAAUAUCAAAAAUAUCAGAUCUGACUUUCUAAUUUAAGAAUGGAAGUGAACAUCUUAGCUGUAAAUUUAUACUAGUUAUAGAACUACUUAGAUGAAAAAAAUUACUAAAAAUUUUCAAAGCAAGUACGGUUUUAGUUCUUUGAUAUCUUCUCCUUGAAUGAGUAAGCAUUCUCCUCAUGCAAGUGUAUUUUAAGUUAUUUUUGUAUCUUCACAUAUGGACCUUUGUGAUCUAGUUAUUUUGAAAGCUGGUAAAACAUUUAGAUGAAUUUCAUAAGUGACUUUAAUAAUGAUUAGCGUGCAAAUAAAUUAUUCAGUUUUGUACCACUUGAUAUAAAUAGUUCCAUAUUAAACUUACUGAACUUUUCUAAAGCUUAAUGUGUUUAAAAUAAAAAACACCUUAAUUUGUGAUAUGGUAUUCCAGUUCCUCAACUUUCUUUUUCAGUAAAGCAAUUCCUGAUAGGUGUUUUUUCUCAAAAUUCAAAAACAAUACAGAACUCUUUUUGUUUUGCCAGCUGUUUUUUUCUUCUAUACCAUUGUGAGGCAGGUGUCGUCUUCAUUUUACAGAUGAGGAAACUGAGACUCAGUACCUGCGUGGUACCUCUAGAGCUGGGGCCUCGGCUCCCCACAUCAAGUUUCUUCUCUCUUGAGCCCGUCCAUGCCCUGUGCAGGGCAGCAGCCCCAGUCACAGGCAAAGGAAGUGGCUCGUCUUUCUCCUGCCUAAGUUCUCAGGGGAGUUC